AUGCUUAUAGAGCUUUACGGCUCCUUCCUACUCUUCAGGUAAAUCACCAUUAUACCAUAGAAGAAGUUUGCAUGAUCCGAUUCGAUCAGUGCAUAUCGCUUACUUCGACCUUCGACGCACUACCGCGUCCGCUCGCUUGUUUUAAGAUCUGCGCUCAUGCUACCCGUAUGAGCGCUUCACCUGCUUUGUUGAUGAAUUCCCAAACGACUUUGACGAGAUUUUUUUUAAUUCCAGCGGAUUUUUACCGGUUGUUUUCAACUUCCUCUAUCGUGUGCCUGUCAUCGGGUGGCUGCUUACUUUGCCCGGGAUAAAUAGAGUAAGUGACAGCGAUGCGCCGCUCUUCAAUGUUAUUGAUUUUUGUAGUUGAUUGAUAAAUGUUCAUACUGUCGUACUGUUCUGUAAUUUACCCUAUGUGAACAAGCGACACUAGUUCGGUGUAGAACUGACACAUACCGUAUUGCAACUUUUUAUCUAAUCAUUGCAUUCUCAGACCCUCAUUACUUCACCACCCGUUGAAAAACGUCGCGGAUGGCUGUUCGCAUCCCGGGGCCUCUGUAUAAGGCCUUUCUUAGUCUUUGUAGUGGUGCCCCUUACCCUCCAUUUGAGAUACAUUUGCUGGUGGCGCCAUUUAUCACGACUAACCUUGACGCGUUUUACGUUCUUUCCUUGCACAUCUUGUGUGGGCUCCCUCUACUGCAAUUUAUCAAAAGCGGAUUCGAAAGGACUUUUUUUACACAAAGUGCCGUUGUGGUUGUACAUUGCGCCGUCUCCACAUUUCACCAUCGCCAAUGAAGAACCUGAUAGACAAUAACAGACGCACGGCUUAA